AUGAAGAUGACUCCCUCUGUCAGCCUGCUGCUGCUGCUCCUGCUCGGCCUCUCUCAGGCUCUUCCUCUCCAGGAGGAAGGAGGCGAAGAAGGAGAAGAAAUCCCAGACACCGUCGACAUCACCACCAGGAUUCUGACCUCCAACAACGGCACCAAUGAGAUCCUGCUGGAAGGAGACCUGCUGGUUCCCAGAACUAGAAACGCCAUGAAGUGCUGGUCCCAGGACUGCCUGUGGAGGAAAUCCUCCAACGGCUUGGUGAUGAUCCCCUUCACCAUGAGCAGCGAGUUCACCAGCUGUCAGAGGCAGAAGAUCGACUAUGCCAUGGAGACCUUCCACAGCAAGACAUGCCUCCGCUUCGUCCCCCUUCAGAACGAGUACGACUAUAUCAGCAUUGAGAACAGAGCCGGAUGUUUCUCCUCUCUUGGCAGAACUGGAGGCAGUCAGGUGCUUUCUCUCAACAGGCAGGGCUGCCUCUACCACGGCAUCAUCCAGCACGAGAUCAACCACGCUCUGGGCUUCCAGCACGAACAGACCAGGAGCGACCGCGACAACUACGUCAGCAUCAACUGGCAGAACAUCAACCCGCAGAUGGCCUACAACUUCUACAAGCAGGCCACCAACAACCUGAACACUCCCUACAACUACUCCUCCAUCAUGCACUAUGGAAGGACAGCCUUCUCCAUCCAGUACGGGAAGGACUCCAUCACCCCCAUCCCCGACCCCAACGUCCAGAUCGGCCAGAGGCAGGGCAUGUCCUACUGGGACAUCGAGAGGAUCAACGCGCUCUACGGCUGUUAAUAACAAUCAAAAUGAUAAUUUCUGAAAGCAAGUUUCUGUUAUAACCUAACAUUCUUCAAUAAGCAGAAUCUAAGAUUAAGUCAAUGAAUCUAUGAAACCUCUAAACGUAAUAAAAUUAAAGCAUACAUUACAUUUUUGAUUGUGUUGUUCAUUUAUCUAUUUCUACUUAUAAAACUUAUGUUACUUGUGCAAAUCAGCUCACACAUAUUUUGGCAAAAUAGAGGAAUGAGUCUUAAAACCCGGAAAUGAGUUAGCAUUUUGGCACUUCUAGUUCCCUCGUCUGGAAGUCAAUGGGUUUAUGGAAUGGGUUUUUAAUUAGAUUAACACAAGCUGAAGAGACUUUUAACUUUUUUUUUCUACGACGUAAAAUCCGUCAGUAAAUAUCUCACUCAUGAAUGUGUCUUAAAAAAGGCGGUUGCUAACAAGUGACUAAAUGAGACUAAACAUCAUCAUGCCGACUCGUCCGCCUUCACAGCCUCGUUGUGUAUACUCGCGCUCAUGUGACCGUGGUGUAGUUCCUUUAUAGCAUAACGAUAGCUUUUUACUUAUAAUAGUUAUCUAAAAGUAAUGGAUAAACAUUUAAAUAGCUAGCUAAAGUAAUGGAUAGGCUAAAACGUUAAAUAAAUAGC